GUAAAAUCAUUAUUUACUGUAUAUAGUAAGAAAAGGCAAGUACGAAAAUUUGGAUAUUAAUAAAAAUAAUCGGUUUUACUAUGAAGAAAAAUAGCCAUGCCGGAUUGAGCAGUUUGAGUCCUAAUAGUUCUGUGCUAUCAGUAAAGAGUGAACACAGGAAAAUGGCCAAAGAAGUUAAAACCUUAGUUCUGUGGAAAUCACCUCUUAAAACCAUGAAGUACGCUAGCUUCGAAGUGCUAUUUCUUAUCAAAACAAAUCUCCAAAGGUUAAUGCACCAGCGUGUGUUGGUUAUUUUAUUGAUCAGCCUACUGUUGAGUAUUUUAGCAUUAGUCUGCACACCAGGCCAACAUCAUUUAAUUGAGGUGUUCAAAAACAAAGGAUUUUUCAUGUUCUACUGGAUGGGAUUAGGUGUAUUGUCAUCAGUUGGGCUAGGGACGGGACUACACACUUUUAUAUUGUAUCUCGGCCCUCACAUAGCAAGCGUUACUCUUGCUGCUUAUGAAUGCAGUUCGUUGAAUUUUCCCGAACCACCGUAUCCUAACGAAAUUCUUUGUCCAGAUAAUAGUAAUGGUGGAGAAAUGUUUCCUUCAUUAUGGUCCAUCAUGGCGAAGGUACGCUUUGAGUCAUUUUUGUGGGGUGCCGGAACAGCUCUGGGAGAAUUACCACCGUACUUUAUGGCAAAAGCGGCACGUCUUUCGGGUAACACAACAGAUGAACCGGAAAACAUUCAAGAAUUCGAGAAAUUACAAAAACGGAAGAAAAGAGGAGAAAAAUUGAACUUCUUCGAUAAAGGAAAAUUGUUGAUGGAAGAUAUCGUUGAAAGCGUGGGAUUUUUUGGAAUUCUACUGUGCGCUAGUAUUCCCAACCCGUUGUUCGAUCUGGCUGGUAUCACCUGUGGUCACUUCCUAGUACCGUUUUGGAAAUUUUUUGGAGCAACGCUUAUAGGCAAAGCUAUUGUCAAAAUGCACAUUCAAAAAGUUUUCGUUAUCAUUUCGUUUAACGAAAAUUUGGUGGACAAAUUUAUCCAGUUACUAUCCUUCAUCCCAGUCGUCGGAGAACGUUUACAAGUACCUUUUAAGGUGUUUUUUUGAGAAUCAAAAGCAACGGUUGCACCGGAAUACACAUAAGUUAGCAACUUCAUCGAGUGGAAAUCUACUAGCAAAUGUGUUUGAAUUUUUAGUUUUUGCCAUGAUUUGUUAUUUCGUCAU